AUGAAGCCCAGAAUCCCAGUGUCGCCUUCGGCAUCGGCUCGGCGUCUUGACCUUGGCUUCCUCAAAUUGGGUACCUUCUGGAUACUCCAGGCUGGUAAUAUCAUCCAGAGCUUUGGGUAUUUCCUACCAACAACCUAUCUCCCCACCUACUCGACAUCCAUAGUCGAUCUGCCAGCAACCAUGGGCACGAUGUUAGUUUCACUCUUCAACGCAACGUCCAUCUUUGGCGGUAUCGCACUGGGAAUGCUCUGUGACCGCUUCGCCGUCACAAACAUCCUACUUUUAUCCUCCGUUGGCUCGGCAGUAUCUGUCUUUCUAUUCUGGGGCAUGGCUGCAUCUUCGGACGGAGGCUCAUCUCAGACGGCGCUGGCUCUACUCACUGUCUUUUCGAUUUCAUAUGGCUUCUUUGCCGGUGGUUUCAGCUCCACUUGGUCCGGUGUAAUUACACAGAUCAAACAGGACUCCCAAUCCUCGAUGGAAACAGGGUUGGUCUUCGGCCUUCUUGCUGGUGGGCGAGGGAUUGGAAACGUCAUUAGUGGGCCGCUGAGCACAGUACUGAUACAGCAAGGAUCGAUAAGCGAGUCAAAAGGCCAUGACCCCGGUACUGCUUUUGGCACUGAAUAUGGUGCUCUUAUUCUAUUUACGGGUAUAACCGCACUUUUUGGAGGUUGGGGUUGGAUUUGGCGGUAUCUGAGCUCAGUGGUGGUCCGCUGCACAAGUUGA